CAGCGAGAACAAAUUUGGAAGGAGCAACGCACAUACGCACCCCAAACACAAUAAUGUUCCACACCUUCUUCAACCUCUUCCGCUCCUCACAGAGAAAUCAAUGCCUUCCCUAGCAGAAAUUGCAGUGACCGCUGAUUUAUAUCUCUUCUUGUAAUGGUUAUUGUCCAAGCUUCCAAGCUUACCCUCCCUAAUCCUUCUCUUUUCUCUCCUCACAUAACCUCUAUUCUCUGUGAACCCACUUCUCACUCUCUUGCUCUCAUGCACUCUGACUCUUCCUUCUCUCUCUAUCCCUCCUUUUCCCCUUCUUCUUCCUUUCCUUCUCUGCAUACGCUAAUUCCUUCUCCUUCUUCAUCCUCCACCUUCCUUCUCCUUCAGAGUUCAAACCCUAAUUUUAACCCUCGGGUCCUCUUCAUUGUGUGUGGUCCCCACAGAGCUGGGUCCGAGAUUCUUCUCCGGUUCUACAUAUUGCGGAAGAGCAAGGUUUUUGCGAAAGCCCGAGUUAUUUGCUCUCAGAAAGACCUCCGAUUCCAGUCGAAUUUGGGGGUUUUGGUCAACGUUAAGCACGGGGUUUCGAUUAAGUUAGCUGGGUCCAUCAACUACUUUGCUAUGUACUCUGUCUCGAGCUCGAAAAUCUGGGUGUUCGGGGCCAAGAUGGAGGGUAGCGAUGAAGGUGAUGAUGAUGGUGUGGUAGUGAAAUUAAUGAGGUGCGCUGUGCUCGAGUGUCCUAAGCCCAUUUGGUCUCUCAGCGUUUCCUUUGGGUUCCUGCUUUUAGGGGAAGAACAUGGAGUUAGAGUUUUCAAUCUUAGGCGACUCGUAAAAGGGCGAGAUAAUAAAGCGAAGAAUUCGAAGUUAGAUAGUCGAGGAUCUUCUCUCCCAAAUGGAGUCGUCGGCCAUGAUUGUAGGAAACAUGGGGCUAGCGAUCGAGGAGGUAAAAAUCGUAGCAUUGAGGGGGUUUCGGGAAUAACCUGCAAUGGUGAUGUGGAGUGGAAAACCGGAAAACAUCAUGGACCUGUGAAGCAGAUGAAUGCAAAGUUUAGACAAGAUGACAGAGAUGGAAGCACCUGUUUUGUGUCAUUGAAGAGAUAUGAGAUGGAAACAAAAUUGUCAGGGAAGGUGUCUAUAUCCACAAAAGCAGUUUCCAUUCAGGCUCUGUCCCAAAGAAAGUUUCUGGUCUUAGACUCAGAUGGAGAUUUACACUUGCUAUGUCUUUCUAAUUCUGUUAUGGCAGCAAAUAUUUCUGGUCAUAUGAGGAAGUUGCCUCACACAAUGAAAGUGCAGAAUAUGGCUAUUCUUCCAGAUGUCUCUCUGAUUUCCCAGACUGUCUGGAUAUCAGAUGGACACAAUACUGUGCAUGUGUUGGCGAUUGACAUGGAUAAUGCUUUAAAUGCAACUGAUGGAAAUGAUGGGGAUGACAAGCUGCUGCAUCUUCCAGUUGUUCAAGUUAUUUUCUCUGGUGAAAGGAUCCAAGAUGUCGUUUCUCUAGCUUCAGAUGUUAUUUUGAUCCUCGGGCAAGGAAGCUUAUAUGCAUAUGCGAUUUCCUGAAGUUGCUUGGCAUUUUAAUAUUUUUCAUUGGAAGUCAACAUUCCUGGGUCUAAUGACAAUGUAAUGCCUACUUAAGUGGGUUUCUGCUGGGAAAAUGCUAUCCUCCAUUCCAGGAGCUCUGGUCGCCCCAACUAGCAAUGCUUCCUCAAGAGACUGGAGUUCAUGAAGAUACAUGUGAGUUCUGAGUUGCGGAGCUCAGAGUCAGUUGACAGCUCACCGCUGGGCCACGUGUCUUGAAGCCUUGUUGUGGUAACCUGCAGGACUAGGACUUGCAUGCCUGUUAACAUGUCAAACUGUUCCCAGUUAGCCCAUUUUUUGGAUGUUGUUGGCUGAAGCACUGGUUGUCUGCAAGAUUACUCAACAGAGUUUAUCAGAGAAGGCUCAUAUCGAUCUUUGGCCAACUGGGUUGAUUUCUCUGUUGCAAAGUAGUCUCUAUAUUUUGUCAUUCUUUGUUUUUAUCUCCAGAGCAUUAUGAAUUUUUUUUCUUUUUUUUCCCUUGAAGUUUGGUUGAUAUCUACUUGUAGCCGGAUAUUGAUGCAGCUGCUAUUAUGUUAAGUACCUGUUAAACUCUUCAAUUAAGCUGUGAUUAUGAGUUUAUUAUAGAUAUGUAUUGCUCAUUACGAAGCUGUGUAGAUUUGUUCUUUGGCUGAGUAGUUCCAGUUGUAAAUAGAAGAAUAAAACAAAGAGAUCCAAGUAGAGUGAAAUAAAAUAAUCACAAUUCAGAUUU